AUAUUAUUUAUAGAUACUUCUUAUGACCAAAGAUUGCAGUCCCAACAUUCCCUUUGUUUAAUUGAUGCCUUUCAUAUUAUUCUAAUUUGUAUUAGGAACCUUCCUGGUUCCUCCUUGAAUUUAAGCCCUUUGUUUAGCACACAGUGCAUCUACCAUUUCACUUCACAACCUUUUUUUAAGGCCCUUUACCAAAACAUUCGGCAGCUGAAACAGAUAUCAAGCUAAUCUAUCUAUGUUUCUCUAUUAAUGUAAGUUCAAUGUAUAAUUUCAUUCAUCAGCUAUAGUCUCCUCUCAUUCUUUGUUUCUUUGCUCAGAAAAUGGAUUCUUUUAAACAAAUCUGGGGUAGUGCAGAAGGAUGUAGCAGUAGUGAAUCUGGUUGGACUAUGUAUAUUGCCUCUCCCAUGCAGGAAGACGAUGCUGGAUGCAGCAAUGAAAAUGAUGGAUAUCAUGACAACAACAUCUAUGGUGAGAACAGGAGAAAGAAGCAAGGGGCCCAAGUGGAUGAAGAAGAAAGCGAUGAUUCGAUGGCUUCGGAUGCUUCCUCCGGUCCAGUUCAUUACCACCAUGCCUAUACUCACAGGCAAAGUAGUCAUGGCACCGCAGCCUCUAAGAAAGAUAAACAAGAUCAUGGAAGCAAAUUUUCUUCUAAGAAGAAUGCAAACAAACAGGAGAAGAAACGUGUUGACAGCAGAAGUAAAAAAUGAUGAAAUUGUGUCCAUUGUAUAUGAUGCUGGGAUUUUUGUAACCAUGCAUCCUUCAUAAUUUGAAUUUGUUGAUUUGUUGUACUCAUACCUCUUCUAUCCAAAGGAAAUAUCCAUAAUCAUUCUUUCAAGUAAUGGAAUCACAAGUUUUAUGCA